AUGAGUGUAAUAAAGGGAAGUUGUUAUGAAUCACUCAGUGAUAGGUUUAAAUUACUGUUUUUAAUUUUAGAAGACAACAAGUGUGAUGAAAUGUCAAAGAUGAUUCAAUUUUAUUCAGACAAUUACGACUUUGAUAAUUUAUAUGAAAAUUAUGAAUUUUACCACAACUGUGCCGAGAUGCAAUACGACAUCAUCGAAGUUUUAAAAUCGGAAAUCAUUUAUAUAUUAGCAAUCAUUGAUAAAACGAAGCGCACCGGUGUUAAAUUCUUGAGUCAGGAAGUAAUUGAUCGCCUCCUGUUCUAUAUUGAUGAUUGGUGGCUCCGUGAUGGCAUCUAUGAUGUUUAUGAUGUAGCCACGGAACUCUUCAAGCUAGGAGAAGAGAAGCCUUAA